AAUCUCGAUCCCGAUCUGGAAAAUGUCAACAGUGUUCCUGCAUGUUGGCCAGUGUGGUAACCAAGUUGGGUUGCCGUUUUGGAAGAGAACUGUUAAGGAUGAAAAUGUUAAAAACAGUCGAACAUUUCUCCAUGCUGAUGAAAUGCAGAGAUCUGUGCAUAUUGAUAGUGAGCCAAAAGUCAUUGCAAAGAUAGCCAAGACAAGUUCUGCUAGGAAAAAGAAUUUGGUUUGUGGAAAGAGAGGAAGAGGAACAAAUUGGGCUUUAGGUUACCAUGGAUUGCUGAAGAAAGGAGAGGAUCACAUAGUGGAGGAUACAAUGGAAAUACUGAGGAAGGAAAUAGAAAGGUGUGAUUCCUUCAGUGGAUGUAUCUUGAUGCACAGUUUAUCAGGAGGGACUGGUUCAGGUCUGGGAUCAAGGCUGUGUGAGACAAUACGAGAUGAAUACCCCAUGAGUCAUCUUUUGUCAUGUUCCUUUGCUCCCUGCCAGAGUGGAGAGAGCCCCCUCCAACACUACAACUCACUCCUCACCACAGCUUAUUUAAACAGGUACACAGACUGUAACAUCUUGACACACAAUGACAACAUCUUGGAGCGGCUACAGAAGAAAAUGGAGACAGUGUCGUUUAAUCAGAUGAAUGAGAACAUUGCUGCUGCACUGUGUGGUGUGUUUCUACCAACAGACACACUGACAACCAAGUGUGGGGCAAGCAUUGGAAUGGAACCAUGGGAAAUGGUCAGAUCUUUGUGUCCAAAUCCUGGAAAUAAAAUCAUACAAAUCAACCAUAUAGCUCGCAGCAAGCUAAGCUGGGAGGCAAUGAUGGGUCAGCUUCUGUUAGGUCUCCACAGGUAUGACAGAGAUGGAAAACCAUAUAAAAGCCUUGCCAACCUUAUUGUUGCCAGAGGUGACAGCACUGAUAGCUUUCACUCAGCCAUGAAAACCCUGGAGAAGAGAGUAAAAAAUGCCUACAGUUGUGUCCCUUGGAAUCCAUUUCCACUGGAUAUUUGGACAGCAAGGAACAAUCUAUCUGGCUCUAAAUCUGCUUCUCUGACUGUGGCUUCCAAUAGCAGCUCUGUGACAGACUACCUAGAAUUCCUUCUCUCUAGAUCUCGGACAAUGUACAAGGCAGGGGCUUACUUACACUGGUACUGGAGAUAUGGGGCCACAGAGGAUGAUUUUAAUGAAGCAAUGGAAGAAACUGCCUCCAUCAUUGACAACUACAAGGAGGCAGUCAAGUGAUAAUAUUACAAUAGAAUCUACCAGGAAUUAGACAUUACCAAUACAGCAGUAACAGAGGGCAUCUUUCUAGAAGUCCAAAGACUUGGAAGAACUGAUUGGUCCAUGGUUCAGAGAUUGACACACAAACUCAUAGAAAAUGUGAGUUCCUAUGAUUUCUACUGCUAACCUAGAACAAUAAUAAACUGUGUGUUGAGAAAGAAUAAUGUGGAGUCUCAGAAUGUGUCUUCAGAUAUAAACAUGGAAAAUCUUGCUGAGAAAUAUUUUCAUUGCAGUUCUAUUGUCUUGUUGGAUGAAUUUUUCA